AUGGCAGCGGCAGCCGAGCUAACCUUUGCCUCCCGCGCAGGUGUGUCUGGGGACGUCAAGGGCGCCGCCAAGAGGAAGAAGGAGGGCGAGGAGGACGCCCCGGCUGGCACGGGCACCGCCGCCGACGCAGAGGGAUCCACAGACCGCAAGAAGAAGAAGGCGAGGACGACCUUCACGGGGCGCCAGAUCUUCGAGCUCGAGCGGCAGUUCGAGGUCAAGAAGUACCUGUCGUCCUCGGAGCGCGCGGAGAUGGCCAAGCUGCUCAACGUCACCGAGACCCAGGUAGGCGGCCGUCGGCCCUUGCUCUCUCGCAGGCCGGGAUCGCGGUCCCAGGCUCGCAGACGCCGGACUUGGUCAAAGGCCUUUUCUUGUAUGGUUCGGCGCUCUCUCUCUCUCCAGUCUGGGUCUUGGUCCUUUUCUCGCCCCUAUUUCCGUCGCUCCUGCCCCGCCCGCACUCCUUUUUAUGGACAAGCGAAAAAAGCUCUCGGGGGAACUAAAAUAGGUGUCACCAGACGUUUAAUGCUCACCUUAAAACAUUUAUUGAAGUACACAAACCGAGAGCGAAGCACGGAGUUUAACGGCCUGUGCGCCUCUCCCGAGCUUAUUCCCAACAACCAAUAA